GCAAAAAUGUGAGUGCUGUAAUACACAGCAAUACUGCUUUUCCAAAGGUUUCACAGAUGAGUGUAGUUGGUCAGUUUAUAACAUAGUCCAGUGGACUGCAGACUGCAAAAUAACGGAAAUAAUGAACUUCAGAUUAGGGUGAAGUCAGGAUGAGUAAGAAGGCCAAAGACAGGGAUAUGUGUGUUCUGCAGAGUUCUCCACGCUGCCCAGGAGCAUUCCUGUACAUAUUUAAUUGUUUUCUUUUGUUGCUGCUCCAGAAAGAGGUUUUUGGCUGUCCAUCUGCUUGUCAGCUCUGCACGGGGACACAAGUUAGCUGUCGUAAUGCAGGGCUUUCGAGCAUCCCUUGGGAUCUUCCAAAAACAACAAUUCUUGUUUACCUCAGUGGAAAUAAUAUAUCACAUGUCACUCCAAAUGAUCUAAGAGGCCUUCAGAAGCUUGUUGCACUCUACAUGGAUAACUCAAGUAUUUUGUAUGUGCACCCAAGAGCUUUUGUGGAAGUCCCCAGACUCAGUUACUUGCAUCUUAAUAGCAAUAAUAUUAAACGCCUGGAUCCCGGAAUCUUUGAAGGCCUUUCCAAUCUUCAUUGUUUAUACCUUCAGAAUAAUCAAAUAGCUUUUCUCCCUAGAGGAUUAUUUAGUGAGCUUCUUUCUGUUAGAUAUUUAACACUUCAAAGAAAUCGUCUCAGUGUCCUUGGAAGUGGGACUUUCUGGGGCAUGAUAAGUCUCCAGACACUAAACCUAUCGAAUAAUAAGAUUUCACGGAUAUCAGAUUCAGCAUUUCAUCAUCUUGAAAAUCUUGUGUAUUUGUUUCUUGAAGGUAACAACUUAACACUAGUGCCAUCAAAUGCUAUUGGAAGGCUCAAAAAUCUUGAAAGACUUUCUUUAUCUCACAAUCCCAUUGGAUCAAUUCAGCCUUUUGCAUUUAAGGGACUUAACAAGCUUAGAUAUCUGUCUUUGAAAAAUGUCAAGCUAAAAUGUGUUGCUGUAAAUGGAUUUUUUGGAUUAAACAGCCUUAGUCAGCUCAUCUUGAGUUAUAAUGAUUUAGAAAAUAUAAAUUCCAGCACUUUUACUUUAUUGAACAAUUUAAUGUAUCUACAGCUAGACAGAAAUAAAAUAGCCAGUAUUGGUGAUGGUACCUUUGAAAAAAUGGGGCAGUCACUUAAAGUACUCAGUUUAGCAUUUAAUAAUAUCACAGAGUUACAUCCUGAAGUGCUCAAGCCCUUAGUAUCUUUAACCCAUCUGCAGGUACAUUCUAAUCCUUGGAACUGCAGCUGCAAAAUGCUUGCAUUACUUAAUUGGCUAGCAUCAUCUUCCAUUUCUGCAAAAAUCCACUGUCAGAAUCCCCAGAGUAUGCGUGGUAGACCUGUGCAUUAUAUGAAGUUGGCUUGGUUUCCAAGCUGCGUUGGCCCCACUGCCAGCCCUGGCUCUGGCCCAAGUCUGGGAUCCGUUGGGGUCCACCGCAGCAAUACCACUGUGCUGAUGGCCUGGCAUGAAGGGAACAGGCAUAACAUGUUGGAACAGUUUGUCACUGCAGAAGCUAAGUAUUUUGAUUUCUGGGAAGGAGCUACAGCUGCAUCUUCUACCCCAUCACCUUAUGAGGAGGAAUAUGCUGUUGAAAUGCCAUCACAGGCAGCUACAGUGUUAUCAACGUUACCAGUGCAAAUGCCAGCCAAAAUUACACCUACUAAUAGAAAUGUAGAAGAAGAAUGGUUGUUUACAACAGAUCCUGCUCCUGUAUCAUUAAAAACAGCCUUGAUUUGUACACAACAGGUUGAAAAGCUGAAUCAAGCUUUUGACAUUUUACUAGCCUUUUUCAUUCUGGCUUGUGCUGUUAUACUGUUCUUAACCUGUAAAAUUAUUCAGUUUAGGCAGAAACUAAAGGUGCUGGAAAACUCAGGGGAAAAGAGUAUAGAAUAUUAUGGCUUUUAUCAGCCUAGCAGAUACAACAUAAGUGACUCAGUGCAGUCUCUAACUCAGAAAUCAGUGGAACAUUCAGAACUGGACCAAAUAAGGCUGCUCAAGCGAGCAGCAUCAGAAAGUCAGGCACAGGUCAUCUUGUUUGAACAUUCAUCAUUGUAAUUUACCUCGUUUUAUUUGAUGUUAACUGUGCUAUGAAAGGUCAAGGAAUCAAGAAUUCAAUUCUGUAGAAAUACCUCCACCAAUUAAUAUCAACUGCUUAAUAAAACUGUGGAAAACAGCACAAUUUGGGUUCUGCAUCACCAUUUGCUUACUGAAUGUUUUGGAAUUGAUUAUUUCAUUAUAUGGCAUUUCAAUCUAACAUGGCCUCAGUCCCUGUUUGUAGUAAUUGUUCGCCUCUGCUCAAGUAUACAUGAAAUAUAAAGUACACUUUAAUUUAUUUUGCAGUAUUUAAUGAAGUAAGUUCCUAUAAAAAUUCCAUAGCUGUUGUGAAGCAAUCAAACAUCAGUUCUUAGUAGGAUCAUGAAGCCAAGAAAUCUUGGGAAAUCAGAAAACAGUGUUUUGUGUGUUUAUUGUAAUAGAGUUUCUACUCUUCCUCUAUUAAAUAAAGCACAAUGGAAAAAAGCACAUUUAUAACUAGUAUGUUCAACCUCUCAAGUUAGAGAAAAAAUUCUAACUAUACAAAUUCUA